CCAGUCGAUCCCAGCGGGAAAAAUCCUCAGCCUUCACUUCAGUGUCGGAGAUCUGUGUGGAUUUUCCAUUUGCUAUAUUCAAAUAAUAGGAAUUAUACACUGAAUAUGAAGAGUUGUUCAUUAUAUGCUGAUUGACGUCUGUUUUAUUGGGAUAACGUUAUGUUUAGAAAGUGGAAGUAAAGAGCAGGAAAAAUGGGAGGAAAGUCAGGUACACUUUUGAUAGUUUCUGAUUUUCAUCUAGCCUGUUUUAUCGUUUAUAUUUGACUCUUUUAUUGUGUUGAACGCGUGUAUGAGCUCAUAUUCAUCUAAACAAACCAGAUUACUGUGAUUUACAGACGAGUCUUCUGUCGGAAUGUUGUCGAUUUUUAUAGCUUUACUGGUGAAUCUCUUCAUAGAGACUUCUGUCUCGUUCACUGUUGUGGUUCCUCGUGAUCAGACAGUGGCUCAUGUCGGGUUCACAGUCACUCUGCCCUGCUGGAUCACUCCUCCUGAGAACGCUGAAGCUCUGGAGAUCCGCUGGUACCGUCAUGACCAGUUCGCUAAUCCUGUUCUCUUCUAUCAGCAUGGGAAGAUCCAGGACCUCCAGGAAGAAUCGUACAGGAACCGAACCUCACUGACUCGGUGCUCAGGUCAGUCUGGUGGACUGAAGGAUGGAGACGUCUCUCUACGGCUGGAGAAACUCACGGUUCAGGAUGAAGGUUUAUUUCACUGUUAUGUGAGUGGAGAAAGCACAUAUGGCAGUCAAGAGAUGGUUCUCAAAGUCACUGCUUUAGGAUCAACUCCUGUCCUGUUUCCACAGCCUCUGGAUGAUGGACGUGUGAACAUCAGCUGUAACUCCAGCGGCUGGUAUCCAGAGCCGAACAUCAUGUGGAGGUCAGAUGAGUGGAGGGAUCUUCGUCCUGGAGGAGUGUCUUGCAGUCGUGGAGCAGAUCAGAUGUUCUCAGUCCACAGCUGGACGGUCGUCUCUCACUCGGAUGCUCAACUGGUCUCAUGUUCAAUGUCUCUCAAGACAGGAGAGUUUAGAGAAGGAAAAUUGAACAUACAAGCCAUCAUCUUUUCAGAUUCAUCAGAUCCAUGGAAGACUCUUUUCUUUAUCGUUCUCAUUUGUGCUCUUCUGGGUUUGGUUGGGCUGAUCCUGUACAAAUACAGACACAAACUACCAGGGAAGAAAACAGCUAAAAAAGCUGUGAAAGACACAAAUACAGAAGAACAGAAGAAAGAUACAGUUGUGGGAGACGUAAACCUAGAAGAACUGAGGACACAUGCAGUUCAGAUCACUAUUGACCGUGAGCAUUUACAUCCAGAUCUGAUGAUCACUAAGAACUGUAAAUUAGUGAGAGACUCUCCAGAUUAUAAUCACACUGGAGAGGGAUUUCCAUAUCAAUUAUGUGCGUUUGGAGCUCAGAGAUUUACAUGUGGUCGUCACUAUUGGGAGGUCGAGUUGGCACGAGAAAAUACAGAUCCUAAAAACUUCUGGUUAAUUGGUGUGGUGAAACAUAGACAUUUUACGGCUAAAGACAGAUCUGCUUUAACUCCAUCAGACGGUUUCUGGUUUCUGUGUUCAGACGGUCCUAAUGGCUUUUACACCAACACUGAAACACCAGUUAAACUCUCACUGACGCCGAGACCUGAACAACUGGGAGUUCUGUUAGAUUAUGAUGACGGUCAGCUGUCAUUUUACAAUGUCAAAGAGAAGAAACAUCUCCUGACCAUGAGCACCAGAUUCACUGGAUCAGUCGUUCCUCUGUUUAAUCCAGGUGUAGGUGAUCAGAGUUCACUUGAAAUUCUGGAUUGUCCAAAACCUGUAGAAUCACCUGUAGAGUCCAGUCAACCUUUACUGAUUAACAGCUCAAAACCUGAAGACUCACCUGUAGAGUUCAGUCAAAACAGCACAGACGUCUGACUGAUCAAUCCAGUGUGUUCAAACAGAAAGAAGGACAGAUACUUACGUCUUUCC